AUGAGUCUCAGUUUAAUGGAUAUUGUGAAUAUGGAGGUGAGGGAGGCUGGAGACGGUGCCGGCGGGGAAUACAUCAGGCCUCUCAAGCGGUAUACCUGGACCGAAGUGCGGCAAGCCGUCCAUGACUUGCGGAAGGAACUUUCUUCCUUAUCCGCCAUGGUACCAAUGGCUAUAUCAUUCAGGAAGCUUGGUAACGGAAAGACGAGGAUAUACUUCCUGAAGACGCCGCAAAAUGGAUUGGAGAUUACUUUGUUGUACACAGAUUUGACUCUAUCUAACCAGCCAAACAAUGCAAGAUUAGAUUGGAAACCUCUCAUAGAACCUGUCACACUGGGUGUGUCAUCAGGGAAGUGGUCUCGCGAGGAGCAGCUGUUGUGGGAACGCCAGCGGGUGGCUGCAUGGGGCAUAGCAUCAUAUGAACUCCACGCUAAGACUGGUCGUGUUUUGUUUCCAUGUGCAUCAUCAUUGUUCGUCGCUGAAGAGGGUGCUAAUCAGUCGCCUCCUCUAGUACCCCGGUCGCUCAACACAAGCGGUGGUGCUCCGCUAACGCCCGCCAUGUGUCCACGAACACCAUCCCUGGUCGCUCACGCAGCCCGCGGCGACAUCUGGCUCGCUGGAGGUGGCAUACGGCGACCUACGAGGCUUACCUACGCUUGUAGAGGACAUGAACCUGAUAGGUUGGCAGAUGACCCUCGUCAGGCCGGGGUGCCGUGCUACGUGACUCAGGAGGAGUUCUCCAGGUAUACAGGGUUCUGGUGGCAACCCAAGUCAGAUGAUGAUUUGUACAGAAUAGUGUAUGAGGAAGUGGACGAGAGUGAGGUGAAGGUGUUCAGUUUUCCGUCGUCACAGACCAGCAGCGGGGAGGUGGAGGAAUUCAGAUUUCCUCGCGCCGGCACCCCUAACGCGAAAUCAUACCUGAAGAUGGUGACCUUCCGUCUUCAGCGCGCCGCGCCAGCCACUGUUCUGGACUACUAUCAAGAUGGUUCUGCAGAUGCUGUAUCUGAGGAUAAUGAAGCUAUGGAAGUGACUGAUAUCCGAUGGUACGAUCUGAGGACUCCAUUGAAGGAAGCGUUUCCAUGGUUUGAAUAUCUCGCCAGGGUCGGCUGGACUCCGUGUGGACAGUACGUAUGGCUCCAGCUGUUGGAUAGGAAACAGCAGCGGCUGGAGCUAGCGCUGGUCCCGCUGAGCGAACUAAGCGCACCCACCACAUAUGACCACGCUCCGUCCACCACACUGUUAACACCCGAAGCGGAUGGAGAGCACAAAACUCAAGAUAUCCAAGUGCUGGUGUCGGAGAGUGCCCCAGAUGCGUGGAUCAACGUCCACGACAUCCUCUACUUCCUGCCGAGCGAGCCCCACUGCAUCAGCUUCAUAUGGGCAUCGGAGGAGACUGGGCAUCUACACUUGUAUCUCAUCACGUGUGCGGUGCAUUCGGACAAGCUGAAAACUAAAUCUGUAAUCGAAAUGAUAACUGAUGAAGACGCGACCGCCGUGGGGCCGAAUAUAAUCAGCAAGGAGGCGAUCACCGCUGGGGACUGGGAGGUCAUGAGCAGGAAGAUAUGGGUGGACGAGGCUCGCAAGCUGGUAUACUUCGUAGGGCUCCGCGAGACUCCACUGGAGCGCCAUCUGUACGCGGCCCCGUUGGCCGCGCCGCGCCCUCAUGCGCCCACGCUGCUCACCUCCGUCGGACACUCAUGCAACGUUGAUAUUGAUGAGGAGUGUACAACGGCCGUCAUCACAUCAUCGAACAUCAGCAGCGUGCCCACCACCAGGGUUUACCGCCUGCUCCACGAACAACACCAGCAGCCACGACUCCUCGCACAGGGUACUCUUCUGGAACGACCAGCGUCAGAAGGUUCAGACACGCGGAGUUUCAACGGCUCAUGGGACAGCCGGUCAGAGGCAGACGACGAAUGUGGCGACUCCGCACCACUCGUCAGAGAAAAUUCUCUGAGUGCAUGCGACAUACCUCCACCUCAAAUAUACGAGACGCGUCUGUCGUGUGGGGCGGCGGCCUACUGCACGCUGUGGCGCUGCGGCCGCCCGGGGCGGAGCCCCACCGUGCUGCACGUGUACGGCGGGCCCGAAGUGCAGACCGUCACCAACAGCUACAAGGGCAUCCGUCAGCUUCGCAUGCAUAUGCUAGCAGCGAGAGGCUUCAACGUGGUUGCUGUGGAUUCGAGAGGGUCCAAACACAGGGGUCGAGCGUGGGAGGCUGCCAUCAAGGGCAAGAUGGGCCAGGUCGAGUUGGAUGAUCAGGUGGAGGUGCUACAGUGGCUCGCGAAGGAGACAGGUUGCAUCGACAUGGAACGCGUCGCGAUACACGGCUGGAGUUACGGCGGUUAUCUGUCGCUGCUGGGGCUCGCGACGCGUCCCAACAUAUUCAAGGUGUGCGUGGCGGGGGCUCCGGUGACGUCCUGGCGGCUCUACGACACCGCCUACACCGAGCGGUACAUGGGGCUGCCGGCCUGCGCCCCCCACGCCUACACGAGGGCUUCGGUGCUUGCACAUACGCCGUUCUUCCCGGAUCAGGAAGGUAGACUGCUGAUCAUCCACGGCCUGGCUGACGAAAACGUCCACUUCUGUCACACGGCGGCGCUUCUCUCAGAGUUGGUGAGGCUUGGGAAGCCACACAGAGUUCAGGUAUACCCCGGCGAGCGGCAUUCACUGCGGGCGAUGCACGCCGCGAAACACUACGAAGCGACUUUGCUACAUUUUCUACAUGAAAACCUGUAAAUUUUGUAUUAUUAGACACCUAGUUUGUAUGUAAUCAUAUAAAAUUAUAUUAAUGCAAAUAAAUCACUGUUGUAUUG